CCGCCAUCCCUCGAUCCUUCGUUCCAGCUCCAUCGGCCCAGCAUGGGACUCAAGCGCCUGCACGUCCUCGCUCUUGCGCUCGUGGUGGUCCUGGUACUCUAUCUGUCGUCGUCGCGCUCUGUCCGGCCGGUCUCCGAGACUCCUCUGGGCGUGCAGCCGGUUCCCAAGUCCCGAGGCCGCACCCCCAACCAGCCAUACCACCCGCUCCUGGAUGACCAAGACUCGCCAGCCACGGGCAGCGAGUGCCCUGUUUGCCCAAUCUGCAUGAACGAAAACAUUGCCGAUCUGUCCGGGGUGGCCUCGGACUCUGACGCCGCCCGCUACGUAAACGAGCUCGAGGACCUCUCUGGCAGCCAGGUGCCCAAAAUCCAUCCGGCCUUCAAGGGCAUCCCACCCUCCGGCAUCCUGGUCUCCAAGAUGGCCACCGAGCACGACUUUCGCGCAUCGUGGCUGCUGGAUACCCUCGAGGAGCUCAAGGCCAAGCCAAAGCACAACCGAAAACAGUGGGAGCAAGCCUACAUUGCCCACAUCAUCAAGUCGCUGGAUCUCUGCCAGCCUUCGUCAACUCUGUUGGGCUGGAGCGCAGGUCGAAACCCACUGGCGUCCUAUUUGGCCUCAAAGGGCUGCUCUGUGUGGAUCUCAAACGUCGAUCAAGCAACCGAGGACGACUUUGAAUCGCUUCCUGCCGAUGACGCCCUGGUACAGGACGAACAGCCGCGCCUGAACGAAACCACGCUGCACUAUCCGGAGCUCGUGGACGAGGCCACCUUUGCCAAGAAAGUGUCCGUCAGGUCAUUGGAUCCAAAUCGCCUCCUGGCAGAAAUGAACAACCGAUUCAGUUUUGUGUGGUCCACUCGCACUGUCGAGCACACGGGCUCCAUUUCACUUGGCCAGCGCUACAUCCUCAAUACCCUCGAGACGCUCAAGCCUGGCGGCGUGGCUUUCCAUUCGGUCCAGUUCACCUUGAGCAACUUGGCCCACACGGUCGAAACAGGACCGAAUGCCUUGUGGCGCAAGAGCGACAUUGAGCGGUUGCGCGACGACAUCAAGGCCCUCGGCUACGAACUGUUUGAUCCGUACUGGGGAUCCGGCGAGUACCCGCUGGAUGUGACACCGGACACUGCUCCAUACAAAGAGGCGAACCAUCUCAAGCUUGUUGUGGACUCGCAUGUCGUGACGUCGUUCGCACUGCUGAUCAAGAAGCCCGAUGUGGCGGCUUGAGAAAUCGUCCUGACACAUGGCACCGCAUGCCCCACGGUGAUCUGCGGGUCCCGGUGUGUAAGUCUCGGUGUGCUGGCCAUGACACAGCACCCCAGUCCUCGUCGCAAUCCAAUGGUUUUGGUUGGCUUCGGGAGCAUCGUCUUGAACACACUUGGUAAAUAUCCUGUGACGAAGAUCGACUGGCAUUGAUAUCGCGAUGAUGCAGGAGUGUGGUGCAUAAACUCCGUCGUCUGGCGAGCUCCAUGG